AUGACUGACCAAGAUUUUAAUUUUGCAACAACCAUAUUAACGUCCAAGACUCCCCAACAGGCGGCAGCAAUUAUCCCUAACGUAAUAACUGGCUCCACUGGAUUGAACAAGGAUUUAAUUACAUGGUUUAAACAUUAUAGCUCAACAUUGGAAAAUUAUACACAGGGGUUACAGCAAUUGAUUGAUGAGGCCACCAAGAUAGCUGAGCGUAGUAGUAUUGGCUUCAAUAACUUUCCCCGUAACUGGAACUGCUUGGUGAAUGCUGUUAAGACCGAACACGAUAACAACGAAGCUGUCAAUAAACAUUUGCGACAGGAAAUCAUCAAUCCAUUAAGAGAGUUGAUAGAAAAAGAUGUUCGUAUUUCUGAAUUAAUGAUUAAUGGACAAGAGUUGCAAGAAAUAAGCGGUAACUUGAAUAGAGAAGGAGAGAUACAGUGGAACUACAAAGCACCACAAAGUUUUCAAAAUUUGGAGGACUUUAAAAAAAUUGAAAUUCAAGUGAUGUUUGAUAUAAUUUUGAAUUUCUUCCAAUUAAAUAAUGGUAAAUUAACCAAGGACUUGAAAAAUAAUGAGAACUCCACUAAUUAUCUUUUGGGAAGCUUCAAAUUGGAUGCAGAAAUGCAAAACCAAUUGAACUAUUUGGUUAACACACAAUUUGCAACUCCACAGAGAGGAUUACAGCAGCAAGGUCAACAUCUUGCUCCUGCUGCCGUGCCAAACAAUAAACAAAGAAGAAAUAGCUCAUUUGCCAAACUGGAAAAAUUGGCAUCUCCAAAGAAACCUUCAAAACUAAAGUCCAAAGUUGGUUCAAUUUUUGGCAGAAAAAAGAAGAAGGAAAAAUUCACUGGAGCUGAUUCAAUUGCUGAAGAUGAAUCAUUAUCUGAGGUUUCUUUGCCACCUACAAGAACUAGGAAUUCAUCGGUGUUGUCUCGCAGUAACUCAACUAGAAGAUCUUUUAUUGACCGCUUCCAUAGAGAUGAGUCUAGCACUGGCAUUAGCAGACAACAUGAGCAGCACCAGCAGCCUUUGAGUGAUCCUUUGCCUCACGCAGAGAAGCCUCAACCGGAAAUUCCCCAAUCACCAGAAGCUCCACAGGCCAAAUCACUAGAGCCUGUAUCAGAAGUACAAAAAGAACUGUUCCCACCUAUGCAAAACGGGUCCGAAAGGAAAGGUGAAAAUCAGCAGUCGAGAGUUGAUGUACCCUCUCAAACCUUGUCACCAGUUACUCCUACUCACGAUGGAUUUGGUGGUUCUGUUAAACCAUUACCAGAACCUGUUGAUUCUCCAAAUGUGAUUAAAUACAAUGACUCGGACGACUCUUCUACAGAAGAACGUAGAGGCUCGUUACUUGAAAAACACAAUUUAGAAGUACAACCUGUAUCUUCCCCAUUCACUACUCAACCGCCAGCACCUGUGCCACAAGCAUCCAGAUCUAGACAAAGCAGUGAUGGCAUUUACUCGUUUGAAGCGGGUGAUGAUUCCAACCCAAUCUCGGCUACUCCAAGAUCCGAGCAAAAUGUGUUUGGACAGAUGCCAGACCCAAAUUUGUCUCCUGAAAAGACUCUUGCUCCACCACCACCACCUUCGAGAAAAGUUUUGCACCAUGAAGAACCAACUGUAAGGGAUUCAGCUCUUUUCCACAAUUUACCUGCUGCCUCCCAUUCUGGAAGAGAUUCGGUAAUGGCUCCAUUAGCAAGUCAAGACACGGGUCAUUCGUUGUUGAAAAAUGAUUUCAAACACGAAAACUUGGCAUCCACCCUCGGAUUGAGCUCUUCUAUUGCUGAAGUCAUCAAUGCCAGCUUUAAGGAUGGACAGUUGAUUAAAUCACAAGUAGUUGGUGAAGUGGCCUUCAAUUAUAAUGGUAAUGCUUCCGAUCCACUUGUGGUCACUAUUCCUAAUAGUUUCGAUAAAGUACUCGUGAACAAGACUUUUAUUGAGGAUUUAGGUCAAAGCAAGUAUAAAGUGAACCCAACUUCAAUUACGUCUAAAACUCUUGGUGGGUUGAAAUAUCUUUUGAAACCAACACAGGUACCAGUGAUAAUUCAACAAAUAUGGAAAUUUGAACCUCAUCAGUCAAGUUUGAUGGUUAGCAUUCGUUCAACUACACCUUUGGUAUUGGAAAAUUUUGUUGUCUCUGUAGCUUUGAAUCAAGACAUUGAAGCAACAUCUGCUUCCUCAAAGCCUCAAGGUGCGUUUAAUAAAGAGAAAAACAGAAUAACAUGGAGAUAUCCACAGUCCCUCGCAUUGAAUGGUGAAGAGCGUUUGAUAGCUAGAUUUAUGACUAAUGGAUUGGGUUCCGAACAUGAGUCUGGUGUGCAGAUUAAAUUUCAAGUUAAGGAUCCACAAGUCAAGUACUGUAGUAUUUACAGUGAGAAUGGCGAAGAGAUUCCUACGUUUAGAAAUUUGGUUAGCGGUAGUUAUAGUGGUCAUCUUUAA